CUGUGUUUGUGAAGUUGUGCUUCGUCGCUUGUGGUGAUGCUGUUUGUCAGUUGUAUCUUUUCUGCAUUCUUUCCAAGGUCCCAAAGCACAGGAGAAAUUUAAGCGGCUCGCGUUACGCCGAAUAAAAUGGGAUGAGCAGAAAGGAGAUGGUCAGAAAAUCUGCGAACAGGGAGCCAACUGGAACGCUGAAAGAAAAAUCACAUUUUGCCAAAAUGCAUUUGAGCCAUAGACUGUGGUUAAUGCCAUAAUUGUCCAGCAGUCCAUAAGAGGUUUCCAGUCCCUGUUAAAUGCAGUUGUUGAUCUUCCUCUAAUCAAGUGGAUUUUUGACAUCCCUGCCACUUCUAUCACCUUCAGCAACCAUUCUUCCAUUGCUCUGAACCACUUGGAAAUCCCAUCAUCAAUGAAGGAGGAAGCCAUCUUGUAUUUUGAAGUGGGGACGAGGUCCUAAUUUUCUCCCAACAUGCGGAAAGGGGUGCCAAAGGACCCCGACAUCACCGAGCUCUUCUACAAAGAUGAUCCUCAGGAGCUGUUUGUGGGUUUACAUGAAAUUGGACAUGGGAGUUUUGGGGCAGUUUAUUUUGCCACCAACGCCCGCACUAACGAAGUGGUGGCAAUCAAGAAGAUGUCUUACGGCGGAAAACAAACUAACGAGAAAUGGCAGGAUAUUAUCAAAGAAGUCAGAUUUUUGCAACAGCUGAAGCACCCGAACACCAUAGAAUAUAAAGGAUGCUAUUUGAAAGAACACACUGCCUGGCUAGUGAUGGAGUACUGCCUGGGAUCCGCUUCAGAUCUGUUGGAAGUACAUAAAAAGCCACUGCAGGAAGUAGAGAUCGCUGCCAUUACUGACGGUGCCUUGCAGGGACUGGCGUAUCUUCAUUCACAUUAUAAAAUUCACAGGGAUGUUAAGGCAGGAAAUAUUCUCCUAACGGAACCGGGUCAAGUGAAACUUGCGGACUUUGGAUCUGCGUCUAUCGCCUCUCCCGCCAAUUCUUUCGUGGGAACCCCUUACUGGAUGGCUCCAGAAGUAAUCUUGGCUAUGGAUGAUGGACAGUAUGACGGGAAGGUGGACGUUUGGUCUCUCGGAAUUACCUGCAUUGAGUUAGCCGAGCGGAAACCACCUCUCUUCAAUAUGAACGCUAUGAGUGCCUUAUAUCACAUAGCCCAAAACGACUCCCCCGCGCUACAGUCUAACGAGUGGACAGACUCUUUUAGAAGAUUUGUUGAUUACUGCUUGCAGAAGAUACCUCAGGAGCGUCCAUCAUCGUCAGAACUUUUGAGGCAUGAAUUUGUACGCUGCGAGCGUCCACCCCGGGUCCUCAUAGACUUGAUUCAGAGAACCAAGGAUGCGGUCCGAGAGUUGGAUAACCUUCAGUAUCGGAAAAUGAAGAAAAUCCUCUUCCAGGAGGUCCACAAUGGCCCUCUGAACGAGUCUCAGGAAGAGGAGGAGGACAGUGAGCAUGGGACAAACCUGACUAGGAAGAUGGACAGUCUGGGCAGCAAUCACUCAAUCCCCAGCAUGUCUGUGAGCACGGGCAGCCAGAGCAGCAGUGUCAACAGCAUGCAGGAGGUUAUGGAGGAGAGCAGUUCUGAGCUGCUUCUGAUGCAUGACAACGAGAGCACCAUUAAUUCCACUUCCUCUCUUGUGAUUAAGAAGGAUCAUGUAUUCAUAAGGGAUGAGGUGGGCCACGGGGAGCGCAGGCCUGAACUGCGGCCUACUCAUUCGGUCCAGAAUCAGGCCCUCCAUUACCGGAACAGAGAAGCGUUUGCCACAAUCAGAUCAGCAUCAUUGGUUACAAGGCAGAUCCAUGAGCAUGAGCAGGAGAACGAGUUGCGGGAACAGAUGUCAGGAUAUAAACGGAUGCGGCGCCAGCACCAGAAGCAGCUGAUCGCCCUGGAAAACAAGCUGAAGGCUGAAAUGGACGAGCACCGCCUCAAGCUGCAGAAAGAGGUGGAGACCCAUGCCAACAACUCGUCCAUUGAACUGGAGAAGCUAGCCAAGAAACAGGUGGCCGUCAUAGAAAAGGAGGCAAAGACAGCGGCAGCCGAUGAGAAGAAGUUCCAGCAACAGAUUUUGGCUCAGCAGAAGAGGGAUCUGACCAAUUUCUUAGAAAGUCAGAAGAAGCAAUACAAGAUUUGCAAGGAAAAGAUUAAAGAGGAGAUGAACGAGGACCACAGCACACCCAAGAAGGAGAAGCAGGAAAGGAUCUCGAAACACAAAGAAAACCUGCAGCACACACAGGCUGAAGAGGAGGCGCAUCUUCUCAGCCAGCAGAGACUCUACUACGACAAAAACUGCCGUUUCUUCAAGCGGAAAACCAUGAUCCGAAGGCAUGAGCUGGAGCAGCAGAAUAUCCGUGAGGAGCUGAACAAGAAGAGAACCCAGAAGGAGAUGGAGCAUGCCAUGUUAAUACGGCACGAUGAGUCGACGCGGGAGUUAGAAUACCGGCAGCUGCACUUGCUGCAGAAGCUGCGUAUGGACUUGAUCCGGCUGCAGCACCAGACGGAACUUGAAAACCAGCUGGAGUAUAACAAACGGCGGGAACGAGAGCUGCACAGGAAGCACGUCAUGGAGUUGCGGCAACAGCCUAAGAAUUUGAAGGCCAUGGAAAUGCAGAUCAAGAAGCAGUUCCAGGACACGUGCAAAGUGCAAACCAAGCAGUACAAAGCGCUCAAGAAUCACCAGCUGGAAGUGACUCCAAAGAGUGAGCACAAAACUAUUUUGAAAAGCCUGAAGGAUGAGCAGACGAGGAAGCUUGCCAUCCUGGCAGAACAGUAUGAGCAGAGCAUCAAUGAAAUGAUGGCGUCGCAAGCGCUGCGCCUAGACGAGGCUCAGGAAGCAGAAUGCCAGGCCCUGAGGCUGCAGUUGCAGCAAGAGAUGGAGCUGCUCAACGCCUACCAGAGCAAGAUCAAGAUGCAGACAGAAGCACAGCACGAACGGGAGCUCCAGAAGUUGGAGCAGAGGGUGUCCUUGCGCAGAGCACAUCUGGAGCAGAAGAUUGAAGAGGAGUUGGCCGCCUUGCAGAAGGAGCGUAGCGAGAAGAUCAAGGUUCUGUUGGAAAGACAAGAGCGGGAGAUUGAAACUUUUGAUAUGGAGAGUUUACGGAUGGGAUUUGGAAACUUGGUGACAUUAGAAUUCCCCAAGGAGGACUAUAGAUGAGAUUCGAUUCCUUUGGCCCUUUUCCAAAACGAAACCGAGCAAAAAUGCCAACCAAGCAAGAAGUAUGUUCUCAAACCAACAUUCCCCCAAUCCGUCCCCAAGUUAUUGGCCGUGCUCUCUCUCUUUCUCUCUCUUAACUGACAUCACGUCGGACUUAGUGCCUGUAUAAUUUGAGUCCACCAGGGCCUCCCACCUUCCCACCGAGUGUCUCUUUUGGAGCUGGACCAUGCUUGGCUGUCUCUGGAAACUCAUAACGUCUCACAACGCCAAUGUCUCUGUGCGAGCAAUUUUGAUUUUUCUUUUUCUUUUCUUUUUUUUUCCCGAUUAACCUUUCGGUGCAAACUUUGGAGACCGUGCUAAUGAAUCCAACCGAACAAAUCAAUGACCACAAAGAAACAAAAAAUGAAGUUUGCGUUGGCUUUCCGAGAAAGCAAACUCCUCGGUGGAAAUACAAGCAAAAACAAGAAGAAGAAGAAGAAGAAGGAACAAGCCAGAAAAAUUCCGACGCAACCCAAAAAAAACCCUCCAAAACAAAACAAAAAAAUCUCUUCUUUUUGUUUUGUUCCAGAAAAAAUAAAAUUAACAAGAAAGAAACAGAAGCGUUCAGCUUUUCCCCAGAGAUGGGGAUAUAUAUAUAUUCAAAAUUUUGUGGCUUAAAGGGAGAGUAGCAUGGCUAUUUCAAGCCGUUUAGCUCUCUUGAAAUAGCUAUACUAGUCUCCCUUUAAAUCUUUGUCAGCCGCAAAAUUUUGAAUAUGCGGAUUUCGCAGCCUUACUUUAAUCUGCUGCUCCAUUGCUUUUUUUUUUACUUUUCUAAUUUUGUUACCUGUUUCUCUUUUUUUUAUUUUUUCUUUCGGUCUUGAUUCAUCAGGAAGAAAGAAAUUUCCGUGGAAAUAAUAAACCAUUUUAAGGAAGAGCUCAAGAAAUUUGAUAACCUUUUGCAGAAAAAAAAGCAAACAAAAAAAAAACAACACACACAAAAUGACAAAUUCUGAAUUGUGGUGUACAUAUCAUUGGUGGGCAUUUCUUCGCGGGUGGGGAGGAAGGGUGGGGGGGAGGUUGGAAAGAGGGAGAGCGUGAAUUUUUUUUUUUAAUUUAAUUUUAUUUUUAUUUUUUGGAAAGGGCAAGGCCGGGCCAGUGGGGUGGGUGUGGGCGUACAGUUUGGCCUUCGCCUUUGGCACAUUCUUGAUUGUAUCAUAAAUCAUUUUCUGCUGUUGCAGAGGAUGUGAAUACACUUAAAAAAAAAUAAAAAAUAAAAUUUAAAAAAAAAGAAGAAGAAGGAGGCCAGAGGAUUCCCAGAGCACAAAUUGGGCCUUCUCAAAAUUGUGUAUUUUGUGUAUAGAAGGAAAUUUAAGGAGAAAUUUACUUAUUUUCAUAUUGUAUUUUAACUGUUUCUCUGAUCAGAAGUUUUUUUACUACCUGCCUCCCCGUCCCUCGAUUCCAAGCCACACCGACCCUUCUCCUCCCCGACUCUCCCUCCCGCCUCUUUUUCCAAGUCAAUCUUUGGAGUUGAACACUGUCUAUCAAAUCACAUCACCUUGACCCUUUCCUUCCCCCCCCUUCCCCAUCUUGCUCUCUUCCUGGUCCUUGACCUUUGCCCCCCCCCACGUCCUCUCCUUCUUUCCCAUCCCCGAUAAUCUUGGUCAUAAAUAUUGCAUUAUUCACUCUUUCAAACUGUGUAUUUUCUUACAAUAAAAGCGGUUUAAAAAAGGUC